GACUAAGGUAUUGACGAUUAUUGAUUAUUGUGCAAGCAUGGAUUUCGAUAACCUCAAAAACGUGUUCGACGAUGAUGGUAUACCCCCCCAUGAUUUUUUAUGGGGGGAUAAAAACUGUUGCAAAAAAGUGAUACUAAGUAAUGCUCAAGCUGCUUUGUCAGGGCUACCUGAUUCAGAUAUCGAAGAGGAUUUCGAUAAUGAAGUUGGGAAUAUGGAGGAUCGAAACAAUGAGGAUGAAGAAGAUGAAGAAUUUGAAGUACAACCAGGUUCAGAUCAAGAUUCAGAAGACGAGGAUUACAAUAUUCCGUUGUCUAUUAUGAAACAGAGGCUCAUGUCAAAAAAAGGAAAGCAUGCCAAAAGAAAAAUGUAA